GAUUAUAUACAUACCCCAAUAUCAGGACCUCCACUCUGGCCUUUUCCAUCGACUUUAUUUUAAGUAAGCGGAGGAGAGAUCAAGAUGCAGAGCCAAGCCAAUCGCCGCUUCGCCACCUACCGCCCCUCUUCGCCGCCUUCGCCCGACGCCGCCCUCCCCCUCUCCCUCGCCGAUGCCGAGCCCCGAGGACCUUCCUCCAUGUUCUGGUUCAUCCUCCACGGCUUCUGCUGCUUCGUUAGCCUUGUUCUCGGCUUCCGUUUCUCCCGUGUGGCCGUCCUCCUCCUUUUCUCCACCUCCACCCUCAACUCCGCCCCCUUCCUCCUCACCACAACGACGACGACCACGACCACCACUACCACCACUACGACGACCACCACCACCCGAACCGAGACCGUGACCAUCUCCCAUCUGCCCUCGCUCACUCCGGCUGCUCACCUCCCGCCGCAGAACCGGACGCACGGCCACGUCGUCGCCGGCAAGCAUGGCAUUCGCAUCCGGCCGUGGCCGCACCCAGAACUCGCCGAGGUGCUGCGGGCGCACGAGAUCAUCCAGAGCGUUCAUCGCGAGCAACGGCUCCAGUAUGGCGUCAAGAGUCCUCGGCCGCUGCUCGUAGUCACGCCCACCUAUGUCCGCACCUUACAGACGCUCCACCUCACCAGUCUUGCCCAUUCCCUCAUGCUCGUGCCCUAUCCGCUCACUUGGAUCGUUGUCGAAGCCGGCGAGACCUCGAAUGAGACUUCCUUGAUCCUCAAUAAAUCCAAGCUUAACUUCAUGCAUACCCAAUUCCCGGAGAAGAUGCCAGAUGACGUGUCCUCCCGACGGCUCGUUGAAUCCCGGAUGCGUUUUCACGCACUGAGAUUGGUGAGAGAUCGGAAGCUGGAUGGAAUUGUGGUGUUCGCGGAUGAGAGUAAUGUCCACAGCAUGGAGUUGUUCGAUGAGGCUCAGAAGGUGAAGUGGGUGGGUGCUAUCACAAUUGGAUUUCUCACACGCCCUGGGAUGACCGAGACAUUGAGCAGUGAAGAGGAGGCGAAAUUUGUGGUGCCCAUUCAAGGCCCAGUUUGCAACUCAUCAGGUCACCUAAUCGGCUGGAACACGCUACCAUAUAUUUCAAAGGUCGUAUCUACGGUAGGCGAGCUGGAUAAAACGGUGUUAGUGAAGCUCGAAUGGGCUGGUUUAAUGUUCAAUUCCAGAUUAUUUUGGGAAGAGGGUGAGGAUAAACCCGAUUGGUUUUUAGAUCUUGAUGCUGUGGCUUUGACGAGAGAAAAUGAUAGCCCGUCGGCUUUGUUGAGGGGCAAAUCCUUUGUUGAGCCUUUGGGGAAAUGCGGGAAGAAGGUCCUCAUAUGGUGGCUCCGUGUUGAGGCCCACAAAGAGAGCAAAUUCCCACCAGGAUGGACAAUUGAACAUGGUAUUGGAAUCAAUAUGAAUGAUACACUUACUUCUGAAGUCAUGCUUGGUAAUAAAGAUAUGUUUCAAAUGAAAAUUUCAAGUACCUUGAGACCAACCUGGCCAAAGCAUAUCAAGGAUGAAGAGAAAGGUAUUCAUCACACAGAUACGGCACACUAUGGUAGGCUUGAAAAUUAAGAAACUGAUGCCUCAGAAUCAGAGGGUCAUGCGAGUGUGAGCCCAUAAUGGUUUAGAUUUCUGUAGCACUCCAAGCUAAAGCUAAUCUAACUAUGAGACGGUCUGCACAAAGUGGAUAUAGUUGGUUUAAAGCAUGUUUACUUGUAAAGGCUAACUCUACUAUUCUUCAACACCAUAAAGCCUGGCUGAGUUGAUUGAACGGGUUAAGAAUUGAUAUGGCCAACAUGUAACUGUCAGUUUUGGAUUUUAGAUUGUUCAUGUUCUCCUUGUAAAAAGUUUGUCAUUCAAAGCUCUUGUUCAAGUUUAUCGCCUGUUGGUGCUUGAAUACUGAUGUAUACAAUUGCUUCAUAUAAUUUUAUAGUAGAUAGAUUAAUAGAACUCCUUUGAAUUCAA